UCGCGAGGAGCAAAUAGGCAUGGCGCAGUCGGCCGUGAGCAACACCAACCACGAGGUGACGGAGGCCAUCAUUUCCGUGUCUGCGCGGAGAAAGUUGGUGGACUUUUCAUUGACACCGGCUGCCAAGGAUGAGGCGAAGGCGGCGUUUGCGCGACGCGGUGCCAUUCCAGGCGUGCUAGCGUGCGUCGACGGCACGUUGAUCGCCAUUAUGAAGCCAGAGGGACUAAGCCCGGCCGACACGGCGAGCUUCAUGUCGAGGAAGGGUUAUUACGCCCAAAGCGUCAUGGUCGUGUGCAACUCGGAACUUUGCAUCCUUGUUGUGGACCCCCGGCUGCCUGGUUCGGGCCACGACUCUUGGGUGUGGCAGCAUAAUCCACUGUGUGCGCGCUUAGCCGCACAACUGCAACCUGGCAAGUAUCUACUUGAUGCCCAGCUACGACUAGUGCCAGGGAGCGCACCUUCUCCAGGAGGCCGUCCUCUCUGCCGCGACAGCCAUCCGGGUGGUGGAUUGUUUGAUCCUCCGCAGCACCUGAAAUGAAUAAUUGUGGUGGAAUUGUUCGCAUGAGUUGCUGAUUAGACACAACCAGCUCAUCGCUGGAAGCUGUUGUUGUCAAGAAUUGCAACAUGCACAACAAUUGCCCACCUCCCUCGCGGUAGCCACUGUGGUGUCUAUCCUCCCAACA